UUGUCAUAGGGCUGCACCAACAGAGAACUGGAAUCAGGGGUACUGAUCUGAGCUAUAGUUUUCAAGAGGACUGGUGUUCCAUAAUACUCCACCUGAGUAUUGAGAUGGGAUCAAUACAAAUCCUGUUUCCUUUCAUAACGCAGGGCUCCGUGUACAGAGUUGGGGACUCCCCUGGCUGGACCAUCAUCGGCAACGUCGAUUACCAUUCUUGGUCUUCUUCCAAGACCUUCCGCGUCGGAGACACCCUCAUUUUCGAGUACGAUCCGAGAUUCCAUAACGUCCUGGAAGUGAGCCGGUCGGACUACCACUCCUGCGACUCGACGGCGCCGAUCGCCAACUACACGUCCGGCAACGACACGAUAGUCGUCCGGUGGCCGGGGCAUUACUACUACGUCUGCGGGUUCGUCGGCCAUUGCCAGGCGGGGCAGAAAGUGGACAUACGUGUGCCGAAGCCAAACCGGCCCAGCAAAGACCGGACCGGGACGAGCCUAAACCCGUCGCCGCCCGAACCGGUCGACCCGAAACCGUCCCAAAUCGGUCCGCUUGACCCGAGCCCGUCUCCUAACAGUGGAGACUCGGAGUCGUCUUUCAUGUUCUUGUACGGACUCAUUUGGCUUCUCAAAUUGAUGGUUUUAUUGGAUUAGGGUUUUGUUUUUUGUUUUUGUUUUUUUUUUAAAAAAAAAUUAAUUUAUAAAUUUGGGGUGUUGUUAGAAAGUGGAAGAAAAUGGUGUGUGGUAACUGAUCUAAUUUUGAAUUUUUUUUUAUUUUUUAACAUGAAAAUGAGAGAUUAAUUAAGAAUUAGUUAAGAGAAAUGACAGAAGAACUGACUGGAGUUGCAAUUGGGACAUCAA